ACAUUAAUCUCUGAAGGUUUUGUGAAAUUGAAACGACAAAUUUGUCUAUUAUUUAGUACGAAGCCAACUACAACUUGCGACGCGACCGGCAACCACCAACUGGGGCUCAGCAGUUGUUUAUCUCAUUGGCACUUUGUAGAUUCUUAAAUGGACAGUAUCGUAGAUUCUGUGAAUAAUGCGUAUCAGGAGUUUAUUGCAGCAGCUUCCAGCUUUCUGGAAUCAAAAGAAAACUCUGGCGGCCUAAAGACUGUGGCCAGUGAUGUUGCCCUUGAGAACUUUAAGCAACGAUGGGAAUUAUUCAGAGUUGCUUGUGAUCAAGCAGAAGAGUUUGUGGAAUCUGUGAAGCAAAGAAUAGGGUCUGAGUGUCUAGUUGAUGAGGCCACUGGCUCUGUUGCUCAGAAACCUGGUCAGCCUGUUCAAAGUGGUCUUCCACCUAUCAGUGCCGUUCGAUUGGAACAAAUGAGUAAAGCUGUCAGAUGGCUGGUGAUUGAAUUGCAACAAGGUUCUGGAACUGGUGGUGGUUCAUCGCAACCCCACCCUACAGCUCCCUUUGAUGCUCGAUUUACCGAAGAUGCUGGUCAAUAGGAAAGAAGCUUUCUACUUCGAUUAUGUACUUUGACCGGCCACUGAGAACCCAUGUUCACGUUGGUAAACAGACUAUUCAAGUAAAAGUGCCUGGGAUUGUAUCUGAAAUGCAGUAUAUAAGUUACGAAGCAUUUCUUGCUAAUGUACUUCAAGUUUCGACUGCAUUCUAUCAUGUUUUAUAGUGUCAGUUUGUCUUGUACACGUGAAUCUUGAUGCAAUUAUGUUGCUUGUAUUGUGCAAUUGUUUUGCCCCUGUGAUUAAUUUUAAUGGUGUAACGAGUGCCACCCAA